AUGAAUCUUAGCUCCCGCUCACACCAAAUCUGGAUGGUUACCCUGUCUCUUCUGUGUUGCACUUCUAAGUCAUCGGCAGCGUUGUCUGUUGUCUUCUUCUUCACCCACCACGGGUCUAACACCCCACCAGUCCAAGAACAAUAUAGUGUUGAGGAUGUUUGCUUUUUCGAAGUUGUUCACCUUCAAUUGAUUAAUGUGAAUGGGGUUGCAGUCGGUGGACUUGAAGGGUAUUUGGGUAAUUCGAGGUUUUCUUAUCAUGUUACUAAUGGUUAUGGCAAUGGAAUGGAAUCACAAAAGAGCAUUUCAAUCUCUACAAUCAUGGAUUCCAUUCCAGUUUCAUAUCAGUUAAAUGGAACAGUUAUGGAAGACUCUCCUUCAUAUGUGUCGUUUUCUUUUUGGAGUAUCCAAAUCUGUGGAUUAAUAUAA